CUUUGCAAUUUUUCAUCGUUGAUUGAAUGAAGAAAACACUGGAGACCCGUUUGAAACACAUUCGUCUCGUCAACAUCAUGUCGGCGCCCCUCCUUACAGACGUCGUUUCUCAUGCCGAUAUACUGGACGCUGCGCAUGUGCGCACAUUCGACCAAGCGCUGGACAACUUGCUGUCCACUGCAUGUGCUGAAUCUGCAUUUUCUCAGUUGCUGGAGGGACUGCCAACUGAAGCCUCUUUGCGCCAGAGCUUUUGGUACCUGAAGUCUCACCCAGUGUAUCAGCUUCACCAUGCGGAAGUGUCAGACAGCGCGCGGACUAAGUCCAAGGAGCUAAGAUCUACAUUCAACAAGAGUCGUUUGGUUUUGGAUUUCACUGCUACUCACGCAGUUUCAAAACACUACACCUGGCUCGAAUGCUUUUAAUCUAUGACUCGUGGAGAUGGUCGUCACCGCCGUUCAUCAGAUCGCUGUGCAUAUCUACUCGCUUGAUGAAGGGAGAUACAAGCAUCGGCUACAUGGUGAAUGGCGCGAAGGCCAGUUACCCUCCACCAACAAUGGUCGACACAGCCGUGGUUUCAUGUUGCCGUACACCGCAUUUGUACAGCGGGAGUUCCAUGAUCCGGACAGAUACCCUCACGGUCUGGCCGAUGCAGCCGCGUACUGGCUCGAGGGUGAGAUCUUUGGCGGGGUCAUGCUCUUUGACCGAGGACAGUCGGACACGGACUGCAAAGCCAUAUGGAUGCAAGGCCAUCGGAUACACGGAGCUUGUACGUUAUAUCCUCCGACGACAGUUCAGCUUGAUGCACUCAUCAGGUUCUUGCUGAAUGACACGGGAGUUCUCGCAAACACCCCAUGUCCCUUGCCAAUUCUCGCUACAGCAGAAAAUAGGCCUCGGUGGGACACACUAGACGCCUUCACAGAUCACCAUAUCUUCAGAAAUCGCUACGAACGAGAGCCUAAGUCACCACUUAUCUCUCAAGAGGCGCCAAAUCGCUUCUGGUGUAGACGAGGACCAAGCAUGCUAGACUGGCCCGAGUGCGAGGACGAAUGAACACUUGUGUUCCAAGACCAAGCCCAGCAUCGUGGAGAGCAGAUCGAUGAGACAUUACGGGCAGCUGCUACAGAAGGGCUAAGAAAUAUCACACCCUCGUCGCCCCUCUGGGCAAGAUAUGGGAAUCGUUUGAGUGCGGGGGAUAGCCAGGAUCGCAAGGAGUACGUGGAUGACUGAGAAGAUUCCGAGUAUACAUGUAAAGAGCACGGGAUAUCCCGUAGGGGAAAGUACUUCAUCUUCGGCGAGGAUGCAACAGGAGCACUUGAACAGAAGAUGCGACAGAACGACAUAAUUCGCUAGGGGCGGC